AUGCCAUGAAACAAGAUGCGCUUCGCAAGGCUUGAACCAGCUAAAUUGUGGAGACUCCGCCUAACCCCACCUAGGGUGGGGAUUUCGGCGAGGACUUUCCAAGACUCCUCGACUAACAACUCACACGAGCAGCUCUCAAAGGAUGCCGAUGUUCGAACCAACUUUCGCAGGGCAUCAACUCGCACCUGGCUGCGCCAGCCUCGUCGAUGCUCCAAUCAUUAUCUCCGAUUCCGACUACGAGGGAGUCCUCAUAGCAGCGGAAACUCUGUCGGCCGAUUUCGCAAGAGUCACGGGCGACGCGCCGAACCUAAUCAUUUCAGAGCCUGGCAUCAGGACUAAGUAUGGAAUAAUUGCUGGUAGCCUGGAGAAAUCGUCCGUCAUCCACAGUCUCGUCUCCAGUGGGAAACUAGACCCUUCGAGCAUCAGAGGGAAAUGGGAGUCAUAUAUUACGACGCUGGUUGAGAUGCCAUGGGAAGGAUGCGAGAAGGCUGUUGUUAUUUGCGGCAGCGAUAAGAGAGGGACAAUAUUCGGGAUAUAUUCGCUGUCGGAGCAGAUCGGGGUGUCGCCAUGGUACUGGUGGGCAGACGUCCCGAUAAAAAAGAGCUCCACCAUAUACGCAUACAACGUCGAAACCCACGCCGGGCCCCCUUCCGUCAAAUACAGAGGAAUAUUCGUUAACGACGAGGCGCCCGCCCUAUCGGGUUGGGUCCACGAGAAGUACGGCCCAAAGUACAACGCAGAGUUCUACAAGUGCAUCUUCGAACUUCUCUUGCGCCUUAAAGCGAACUUCCUCUGGCCAGCUAUGUGGUUCGGCUUCCCGCAUCCCGGAAAUAACUUCUUCAUGGACGAUCCUUUGAACCAGGAGCUUGCUGAUCGGUAUGGCAUUGUGGUGUCGACGUCGCAUCAUGAGCCGAUGCAGAGGGCGAUGAAUGAGUGGUUUGAUAAGCCGUAUCACAUGCCGGAGAAGAGCUGGAGCUGGGUUAAGAAUAAGCAGCUGAUUACCGAAUAUUUUCGCGAGGGAGCAGAGAGGGCGAAGGCUUUUGAAAGUUAUGUAACGGUGGGGAUGAGAGGGGAUGGAGAUCGGGAGAUGGAUGUGGAGAAUCCUGAGGAGGUGCUGAGGGAGGUGCUGGAUACGCAGAGGGAGAUUAUACGGGAGGCUUAUGGGAAGGAGGAUGGAGUUCCUCAGCUCGUUGCGCUGUACAAGGAGGUGCAAGAGUAUUACGAGAAUGGCUUGGAGAUCCCUCAAGACGUCACCUUACUUUUCGCAGACGACAAUUUCGGGACCAUACGAAGACUUCCCACUGGUGAGGAGAGAAAGCGUAAAGGAGGCGCUGGCAUAUACUAUCACCUCGAAUACGUCGGCGAGCCGCGAAGCUAUAAGUGGCUCAAUAGCAAUUCACUCGCAAAAGUAUGGCAGCAGCUUGAUUUAGCCCAUCGCCGCGGCGCGAACCGGAUAUGGGUCUUCAAUGUUGGUGACAUCAAGCCACUGGAGAUUCCGAUAUCCUUCGUGAUGGGCCUCGCCUGGAAUGCCGAUGCCCUUCCACGAGGUCAGCUACCGACCUUCUUUAAAGCCUUCUCUGAGCAGACCUUUGGCGGUGGCAUUGCAGAUCAAUGCGUAGAUAUGCUUCUCAGAUACGACAAGCUUAUCGCUAUGCGGAAGCACGAACACAUCGAGCCCGAAACCUUCUCGAUUAUCAAUUAUCGUGAAGCAGACACUAUCCUUGAACGAUGGCAAUCACUGCUCCACGAUGCCGAAACGCUCUACACCCGUAUCUCCACCGCAAUGCAACCCUCGUUCUUCCAACUCGUCCUCCAUCCCAUAAAAGCGGCCACCAUCUACGUCCACCUCCAAAUCACGCGGGCUAGAAACCAGCUCUACGCCCUCCAACGCCGCACAUCCGCAAACCACUACUUCGACCUCGCCAUCUCUCUCUUCAAGCAAGACUUCCACCUCAGCCAAGAAUACCACUCCCUCCUCGACGGGAAAUGGAACCACAUUAUGCAGCAACCACAUCUCGGAUACCGCGAUACAUGGCACGCACCCUCGCGCGAUAUGAUUAGCGGACUGUGUCUCGUGCAGGCGGGACAGGACUCUAAUCCACUUGUGGGAAAUAUUGGAGUCGUGGUGGAGGGGCAUGAGGGUGUGAGACCGGGAUUGUGCAAUGAGGAGAGUGAUCGGACGCAUCCGAGUCGGAGAGAUUUGGUGCCCGGGAUUACGGUGCCGGUUGUGGAGCCGUAUGGGCCGAAGAUGUUCUUUGAGCUGUAUUCGAGGAGUAGCAGGGUGGUAAAGUGGAGCCUGAGGAGUCCGGUGGAGUGGUUGCAUGUCGAGCCUGCUGAGGGAGUCAUGGAUCCGAAAGUUCCCGAGCACGAUGUGAGGAUCUCGGUAUCGGUCGAGUGGGCCAAGGUGCCAGAGGCUUUUGAUGACGAAGUCCUGGUUGUUCUGGAAAGCGAUCUCGGCGAUUACGAGAACGUUCACGUCCCCGUUAUCAACCGCCGCGUAACUGAUUCCUUCAUCGGACACGUCGAAUCCGAUCGACAUGUCUCCAUCCCGGCUACUCGGUUCACAGACGCAGCGCCUGGCGCUGUAAUAAAUCCUCAUCUCGGUCGCGAGGAGUCAGGCGCUGUAUAUGUCUCACUGCAAGAUACCAUAGACGAAGCGACUUGCACCCUCCGCUAUCCCUUCUACACCUUCACCUCCGCGCCAAAAGCCACCUUCUCCUUCUACUUCGCUCUCACUCUCGACACCGAUCCAAGCUCGGCUCUGUCAUACAACUUCUCACUUGAAGGCCGCCCAGCCGAAUCCCACCGACUUGUUCAAUCUCCGCGAAAAGCAGGCGAGCUGCCUCCUGAUUGGUCGGCGUCGGUGAUGGACUGCGCCUGGACGAGGAGACAUGAAGCCGACAUGUCCGAGACUGGGAACCAUGUUUUGACGAUCAGUUUGAGGGAUGGGAAUAUAGCUUUGGAGAAGAUUGUUGUGGACUUAGGUGGUGUGAGGGAGAGUUAUUUGGGACCGCCCGAGAGUUAUUACUUGAAAGCGUGACUACGGGUAAUCAUGUGAUG